AUGGCAACAGCACAACAAGGGACAGUCGCGCGAACAGCCAAAUUUGUCGCGGCAACAAGGACGCUGCUCAGGCACCCUGGGGCAUGGGCGGUUUGGCCGGCGGCGGGUGUGCGCAGCGCGGUGCCGCCGCGGGUGCGUGAUUGGCCGGAGACGGCUCAGGGUGACUGGACAGUGGGCUGCGGCAAGCUGCAGCUUGCUGCGUGGAGCGAGCAGCUGGAACGCCACAGUGUCUGUGCCAGGAUUCCGCUGUCUGUGUGCCAGGCGCAAGGCCCCAGCACAGCCGACCACACAAGCCAGGUGCUGCGCGGCCAGCGCGGCAAGGGAGGAGGGCCGAAGGAGCCGUGUUCUGUACAGACCGAGCUCGAGCAACAGAUGGCGGCCUGCCAGGGGUGGCGAGGGAGGACAGCGUCUGCCAGGCAGGCGGGUGGAGAGGGCAGUCUCGGUCCUGGCCUGGCCUGGCCUGGCCUGGCCUUGGUCCUGGCCACGGCCUCGGACGUCCAGGGCCGAGCAGGGCGGGGCAGGGCAGGGCAGGGCGGGCUGCCCACGGACACACCGAGGCCGUGCUGGACAAUGUGCGGUCAGAUGGGGCCGUCCAAGUCACCAGGCGGCGAUGCAGGCGGCUGCCUCUUGUCGAGAUCCGGCCCAGAGAGCAUGCUUCCGAAGAAACACAGAAGGACAGGCAACGGCAAGGACGCAGCACCGAUCCCGGCAGACCGGAACAGGCAGGAUCCGGGUGCAGGCACAGUGCUGUGUGCGAUUGUUCUGGUUCGCGCUGCUCGUGCUGUUCUGCGUUGUUCUGCACUGCCUUGUCUCGGACACAAGCGCAACAACGGCCGCGAGCAGAUUUUAAUGUGUCUGGGUGGUCGCGGUGCGCACCCUUGCACUUCCCCAUGGUGCACCGCCAGCGCGUCCCGAUACGCGGUGGGCGCGCACAAGGCCCUCGUCGCACACGCCGCCUGA